AUGCCUCAAAUCACAGUGCACAAUAUCGAGUCGCCAUCUCGCUCCGAUAGAGUUUUCUGGCUGCUCGAGGAACUCGAGUCAACGUAUGAUGUAGUGACGUACCUCCGCAUGCCUACACUCAUGGGUGCUGCACCCCCUGAACUUUUCAAACAUUCCUUGUUUGGCAAGGGCCCAGCAUUGUCGAUUGAUGGUGAAUCAUUCGGCGAGUCAGGAUACGUGCUCCACCGCAUUCUCACACACCCGGAGAUCAUGGCCUCUGCCCCCUCUCACAUUGAGAGGGAGCAGUCUAACUGGUCCGUGCACUGGGCUCAUGCUGCAGAAGCUGCUGGGAUGACAUGGCUGCAGGAGGAAGAUAUGGUGGCCGUGGCUGGGAAGGCCUGGGUGGAAGGGCGAAUCGGGGAGGCGACUCCUGAAGAGCUAAGGGGAAUGGAGCGGUUCUCCUCAUGGUACUCAUGGGAGAUUGACAGACCUCAGUCUCAAAAUUUCAUUGAUAAGGGGAAGACCGAACAGUGGUUAGCCGAGCAUGAGGGCUGCAACUUCACCGGGACUGAGAAAUUUGGCAUUGGAGAUUUUAUGAUGUUGGCAGGGAUUCACUCACUUUGUGCUGGAAGCCGAAGUGUGAUGGGCUACAAGGUCGGCCCACACAUCAAAGCUUGGUGGCAGCGAGUAUCAACCAGGCCUCAGUUUCUACGGGCGUUGGAAAGAAUCAAAACUGAAGAGAACCUUACAUUACGACAGCAGAAGCAGAAGCAAUGGGGGUAG